AGCGAUUGUCUUAUCUAUGUUUGGCUUCUCUUGUCUUGGCUUGCAUUGAUCUCAGAGCUUGUGAUCCGGACAGAAAACGCCAUGGAUGUGUCUCCACUUCUUGUAUUGCUGACAGGAUUUGUCUUUGUCUUCGGCUUAAUAGAUGAUAUCACAGGAAAGAAGAAGUAUGAAGCUGUCAUCACAAUUCCGCUGAACUGGGUCGCCGCCUACCAAUACUGUCGGAGAGAGGGUGGCCAAUUGGCGACCAUCACCUCGAAGGAGAAGAACGAUGGCUUUAUCAUUGAGCUUAACAGGAUUCGCGGAUCCCUUGGAAACCCUGAACACUGCUACUGGAUAGGACUCACCAGUCUGGCCAACUUCAACUAUUGGUAUUGGAUGACGACGGGGAAGGCCCUGGUUGACUUUAACGCUUGGGACUCCGGCGAACCUAAAUCGCAUACCGGGAGCCUCCGUUGCGCCUCUGCCGACUAUUAA